AGCUGCCCCGAGUGUGAGCGAACGCCCCCAGCCGGCGCCGCCGGACUCCGGACAGCCCGGCCGGCCGGGCCCCGGCGGCCUCGGGACACUUGGACCAGGGACCCCCAUGUGCAGCCCGUGAAAAGUCCCGAGAGAUCGCCAAAGUCCACGUCGAGGUGCUCGCCCGUUAGUUCCCUCGCCCUCCUGCCAAGCGGGGCACCGCGUUUAUCCCCCGUGGAAGCAUGUAGGAUAAAGGAUCAGACCUGCACCUCGGCAGGGAUAACUAGCGGAACAGAGGGGGUGAGAGGAGGAUGCUAGAGGAGAUUCCUCCUUCCUCCGGAAUUAGCCUUCCAGUUAGAGAAUUGCCAUCUCUUCUUAGAGGUCUUUGAAAAAGCAGGAUUUGGGACCCAUUCACAGCACCAUUUUUCACCAGAACUGGAGAAAGGACUGUCACAGUAGUGAUUUUCAUGGAUCUCAAUAGUGCCAGCACUGUUGUUCUGCAGGUCUUGACCCAAGCCACCAGUCAAGAUAGUGCUGUGCUGAAACCAGCUGAGGAACAGUUGAAGCAGUGGGAGAUACAGCCGGGUUUUUAUUCAGUCUUGUUGAAUAUCUUUACAAAUCAUACUCUGGAUGUAAAUGUAAGGUGGUUAGCUGUGCUGUACUUUAAAAAUGGAAUUGACCGCUAUUGGAGGCGUGUAGCACCACAUGCUCUUUCGGAAGAGGAGAAAUCUACAUUGCGUGCUGGGCUCAUCACCAACUUCAAUGAACCAGUGAAUCAGAUAGCCACUCAGAUCUCUGUGUUGAUUGCUAAAGUUGCUAGACUGGACUGCCCUAGACAGUGGCCAGAGCUUAUUCCUACUCUUCUAGAAUCAGUGAAAAUCCAAGAUGACCUCCGCCAACACAGAGCAUUACUUACUUUUUAUCAUGUUACUAAGACUCUGGCAUCUAAACGACUUGCUGCAGAUAAGAAACUUUUUUAUGAUUUAGCAUCUGGAAUUUAUAGUUUUGCCUGUUCCUUAUGGAAUCAUCACACAGAUUCAUUCCUACAACAGAUCUUUACAGGAGAUGAAGCUGCAGCUACAAAUUCAUUAGAAAGAACUCUGUUGUCAUUGAAAGUGCUUCGUAAAUUGACAGUUCAUGGGUUUGUGGAACCUCAUCGGACUGUAGAGGUGAUGGGAUUUCUACAUGCAGUAUUUGAGCGACUAAAACAGUUUCUGGAAUGUAGUAGAAGUAUAGGAACAGAAAAUGUAUGCAGAGACCGUCUGGAAAAGACUAUUAUUCUGUUCACUAAAGUGCUUUUGGACUUCCUGGACCAACAUCCUUUUUCAUUCACCCCUCUGAUUCAGAGAUCAUUGGAGUUUGCUGUAAGCUAUGUUUUCACAGAGGCUGGUGAAGGAGUUGCAUUUGAGCGAUUUAUUGUCCAGUGCAUGAAUCUCAUUAAGAUGAUUGUAAAAAAUUAUGCUUACAAGCCAUCAAAACAUUUCGAAGGUACUGCUGCUCUUUCCUCAGCAUGUUUUCCCAUUCUUGUGGGGGGGGGGGGGGCGGGAAAGCUUGCCAGCUGUGACACAACACUAACUUCAAAUGUUUUUAAAAAAGCCAUUUUAAAAGAUAGCAGUCCUGAAACUCUUGAAGCACAUAAGAUAAAGACAUCAUUCUUCACAUACCCAACAUUAAUGGAGAUAUGUAGGAGAUUAGUCUCUCACUAUUUCCUGCUAACAGAGGAAGAAUUGACAAUGUGGGAAGAGGACCCAGAAGGCUUCACUGUAGAGGAGACAGGAGGAGAUUCUUGGAAAUACAGUCUCAGGCCAUGCACAGAGGUUCUUUUUAUUGAUAUUUUCCAUGAAUAUAAUCAGACCCUUACUCCUGUGCUUUUAGAAAUGGUUCACAGUCUACAAGGACCUACAAAUGUGGAAGAUACUAAUGCUCUACUGAUUAAAGAUGCUGUCUACAAUGCAGUUGGGCUGGCAGCUUAUGAGCUAUUUGACAGUGUGGAUUUUGAUCAGUGGUUUAAAAAUCAGCUAUUAGCAGAGCUACAGGUCUCUCAUAACAGGUAUAAGUCAAUACGCCGGCGAGUAAUUUGGCUGAUCGGACAAUGGAUUUCUGUAAAAUUCAAAUCUGACUUGAGACCAAUGUUAUAUGAGGCAAUUCGUAACUUGCUUCAAGACCAAGACUUAGUGGUCCGCAUUGAGACAGCUACAACACUGAAGUUAACUGUAGAUGACUUCGAGUUUAGAACUGACCAGUUUUUACCGUAUCUGGAAUCCAUGUUCACUCUACUCUUUCAGCUACUUCAAGAAGUCACAGAAUGUGACACAAAGAUGCAUGUUCUUCAUGUUCUUUCUUGUGUGAUUGAAAGAGUCAAUAUACAGAUACGACCAUAUGUAGGAUGUUUGGUUCAGUAUUUACCUCUCCUUUGGAAACAAAGCGAGGAGCACAAUAUGCUGAGAUGUGCCAUUCUAACCACUCUAAUUCAUCUUAUUCAGGGAUUAGGAGCAGAGAGCAAGAACCUCUACCCUUUCCUACUUCCAAUUAUUCAGCUAAGUACAGAUGUUUCCCAGCCUCCACAUGUUUAUCUUCUGGAAGAUGGCUUGGAAUUAUGGUUAGUGACAUUGGAGAAUAGCCCUUGUCUUACUCCUGAGCUGCUGCGAAUCUUUCAGAAUAUGUCUGCCCUUCUUGAGCUAAGUUCAGAAAACCUCAGAACCUGCUUUAAGAUCAUCAAUGCUUAUAUUUUUUUAUCUUCCGAAUUUCUACAGGUGUAUUCAGGUGACCUAUGCCGAUCAUUUUGUGAGCUCUUAAAGGACAUAACUACUGAAGGUCAAGUUCAAGUGUUGAAGGUUGUGGAAAAUGUCCUAAAAGUAAACCCAGCAUUGGGGCCUCAAAUGUUUCAACCCCUUUUGCCAUCUGUGUUCAGGGGGAUUAUAGAGGGGGAGAGGUAUCCAGUGGUGAUGUCUACUUACUUGGGAGUCAUAGGUAGAGUUCUGCUACAAAAUGCAAGUUUUUUUUCACUGCUUCUGAGUCAGAUGGCAUGUGAGUGUGGUCAAGAGUUGGACCAGCUUCUUGGUAACGUAAUUGAAAUGUGGGUUGACCGCAUGGAUAAUAUUACCCAGCCAGAAAGAAGAAAGCUUUCAGCUUUGGCAUUACUUUCACUUCUGCCAUCAGACAAUAGUGUUAUCCAAGAUAAAUUCUGUGGCAUUAUUAACAUUUCUGUGGAAGGGCUGCAUGAUGUUAUGACUGAAGAUCCUGAAACAAGAACAUACAAAGACUGCAUGUUGAUGUCUCAUUUUGAGGAGCCCAAAAUGACAGAAGAUGAGGAACCUCCUACAGAACAGGACAAAAGGAAGAAGACGCUUGCACUGAAGGACCCUGUACACACUGUGUCGCUGCAGCAAUUCGUCUAUGAGAAGCUAAAGGCACAGCAAGAAUUACUGGGAGAACAAGCCUUUCAGGCACUUAUGGAAACAGUGGAUGCAGAAAUAGUCACACAACUACAAGAAUUCUUGCAAGGCUUCUAAAGAGUCAGAAACAAGAUUUUGUAUGUCUAACUCUCCAGUUCAAAAAUAGGAAAAACACCUAGCCUUCCUUCUUACAUACAAAAACCUGCUUAAAAGCUAAAAAUAACUUGUGUAAAAAAAUAAAGAAGCAGAGACAGUGAAACUGAUUUUUUUUUCUUUCUGAAGGAUUGACAGAAUAAAUGUAAAUUGGCUCCUAACUAGAGUUUACAAACCUGUUUCACAAGAGAGUGUAAUUUUAUAUAUAUGAGGAACAGCAUGAGGUAAUGUGUACAGUGAAAACAACUGCUUAAUUUACUGUUAAUAGAAAAAGAAAUGUUUUCAUUAUCUUAUAAUCAUGUGGGUUUAACAUUUUGAGGAAAAGUGAGGGCUAAUGUUGGACAUAUUUUGUGUAACAACAGCUCAAUUUGGCUGCCUUACCUUUUUAAUUGUUUAUUACACCAUAAUAAAAAAAACCCUAUUCUGCUCAGCCAUUUAAACAAGUGAAAUUAUUGCAGCAGGAGACUAAAAGACAUUGUCUUUAAUUGGAUUUUAAUAUUGUAUAUUACAUACAUCCAUAUACGUACAUAUCUAUAAGAUUUUCAUGCUUGGGGAGAUAAACACCAGUUUGAAAAGAAAACAGAUUUAUCGGCCAAAUGUUUUAUUUUCAUGAUACUGAUCCAUGUAUGGGUAAACUUGUUCAAAAAGGGAAAUUGUCUUAUUUUAUUUUCUGCAGACAUGUUUUCUACUUAAAUAUGUAGUGUAAGAACCCAAAGAUGUUGUGUAAUGCACUUCUGUCCUGUAUCAGAGACCCAAGUUCAUUUUCUGAUCCUAGUCUCUUUCUCUCAGGCUGGUGGGAGCUGAGUGUAUUUUGGAUGUAUACUACCAGCCUUGGGAGAAGUUGGGGUGAAAGGUAUGCUCUGUAUUGCUGAAUAGUGCCCUCUUCAGAAGAUUAAGGAUCUGAUCCAUAGCCCUUUGACUUCAGUGAGCUUUAACUUUGGAUCAGACACUAUGAAUGGUGAUGAGAAUGGUAAAUUAAGAAAGAUGGAGGAAGGAAUGUUCAGGGCUCUGUCUGUGACACAAAGGAAAGUUUCUGUCCAUCCCUCUUUCCUGUCCUCAUCCUCAGGAGAGAAAAAAAGUGGUUUUUGGUUUGGUUUUGGGUGGUUUGGUUUUUUGAGGGUUUGGGGGGUGCUUUACAUUUCCUAUCUUCCCUCUAUUGUCAAAACCCUUUUUAGUUGUGGAUUGUUGUAUUUUUGGUUGUUUUUUUUUUAAAGGAAACUGUUGAAAACAUGGUAGCAAAAUGUACAGUAUGAAUUUUGUAUAGAAACCUGGGUACAGUAUGUAACUGGAGAACCUACUGCCCCUUUGUAAUCUUAUAGACCCGAAAAUGUGCUGGAUAUGUUGAUUCUUCCAAAAAGACAAAAACAGUAAAGUUUCAAUUAAACUUUCCAAAGAUAUCUCA